AUGAGACUUGUACAGAACAACGAUCUUGCCUACCUCGAGCCCCAGCCCCGUGACGGUGGAGCGCCAAACCCAAGCGCAAGACUAUCUUCCCCAAUGAUGCUCUUCAAGGCACCAAAAGAUGGCAGCCAGCCACGCGAUGGCGGCUAA